AUGGCCGACAGCUCGCAACCGCCCACAGCGUCGACCUCUGCGUUCGUGUCCACGCUGAUCUUCUAUGGAGUCAUUUGUCUCAUUUUCAUCGCGCUGUUUGUGCGCCUGAGACCGCGCCAAGAGCGUGUGUACCAGCCCCGGUCCAUCAAAGAAAUCCUCACGGUGCGCGAGGAAGAGCGCAGCGAGCCCGUUCCCGCCGGAUACUUCGCGUGGGUUAAAUAUCUACUCUCCAGGCCGCACUCCUACGUCAUCCAGCACGCGGGCCUCGACGGCUACCUGUUCCUGCGCUUCAUCGCGGUUUUCGGCUCCAUCUCACUUAUGGGAUGUCUCAUCCUUUUGCCCAUACUGCUGCCUGUCAAUGCCACCAACGGCAACAACUACAAAGGUUUUGAGCUACUCGCUUUCGCCAACGUCACCAACAAGAACCGUUUCUACGCGCACGUGUUCCUGUCCUGGAUCUUCUUUGGUCUUGUGCUCUACACUAUCUACCGCGAGCUCUACUACUACGUCUCGCUCAGACACGCUGUUCAGACUAGUCCACUUUACGAUGGCCUCGUCUCCUCCAGAACCGUGAUUCUGACCGACCUGUCCUCGGACCUUGUUAACGAAUCCGAAAUUCAGCGCAGAUUCCAAAACUGUUCCCGCGUCGUGUUUGCCCACGAUAAUACGAAACUCCAAAAGUUGGUUCAGGAACGUACCAAGCUUGCCGGCAAAUACGAAGGUGCUAUGAACAAAGUUAUCCAAAAGUCUUUGAAGAUCAGAGCCAAAGCCGAAAAGAAGGGCAAACUCGAAGAACUUAUUGGCAACAAACCCGAAGAUGAUCUACAAACUUAUAUUCCUCUCAAAAAGAGACCUACCUUACGUCUGGGCAAGAUUCCUCUGCCCGUCAUAGGUGGUAAGAAAUACGAUACUUUGGAAUAUUGCAGCAAGCGCAUUGGCGAGCUCAACGACGAAAUCGCAGAAGAACAACAAUCUUGGGAUACUCGCGACAAAGUUGGUUCCUGUUUCAUGGAAUUCAAGGGCCAACUUGAUGCUCAAAGAGCUUUUCAAUCCGUCAAAUACAUCUUGGAUAAAGGUUCCUACGAUAAAUGCGUAAUUGGCGUUGCGCCACAAGACGUUGCUUGGAACGCCCUUGGCAUGUCUAAAAAAGUCAGAGCGUCGAAGCGCGGUGUUGCAAACACCGUCUUAACUUUCAUGAUCAUUUUUUGGGCCAUACCAGUUGCAGUUGUCGGUUUCAUCUCCAACAUUAACUUUUUGAUUGGUACGUUGAAGUUCCUCAGCUUUAUCAAUAAUCUACCAAAAGUUUUACUUGGUCUCAUCACUGGUGUCUUGCCCACUGUGGCUUUAGCCAUUCUUAUGUCAUUGGUACCUAUCUUCAUCAAGAAACUAGGCGCCAUUAGCGGUUGCACCAGCUUACAAGAACAAGAACUUUAUUGUCAAGUGUGGUACUACAGCUUUUUGGUUGUGCAGGUUUUUAUUGUGGUAACUUUGACUUCAUCUGCCUCUUCUACUGUGAGUGCCAUCAUUGACAAUCCUUCUUCUGCUAUGACUUUGUUAGCUGCGCAUUUGCCAGCGUCCUCCAAUUUCUACAUUGCCUAUUUCCUGUUGCAGGGUUUGACUUUCCCCAGUGGCGCUUUGCUACAAAUCGUUAAUUUGAUUCUGAGUAAGUUUUUGGGUAGAAUCCUCGACUCUACUCCUAGACAGAAAUGGAACCGUUACAACACUUUGUCGAAGCCUACGUGGGGUGUCAUGUUCCCAAACAUCGAACUUCUGCUCUGUAUCUUGAUUUGCUAUUCCAUUAUCGCUCCAAUUAUCUUGGUUUUCUCGACUUUUGCAUUCGGUUUCUUCUACUUGGCGUACCAAUACAAUUUGAACUACGUGCUCGGAUUCUCUUUUGACAUGAAGGGAAGAAACUACGCUAGGGCUUUAUUCCAAGUAUUCCUCGGGCUUUACUUGUCUGAGAUUUGUUUGCUCGGUUUAUUUAUCAUGGCUAAGACCUGGGGUCCACUUGUCAUUGAAGUGGUCUUCAUCGUAUUUACUGUGUUGUGUCACCUAUACUUCCAGAGAAGAUUCAUCCCCUUGUUCGACACGGUGCCAUUGAGUGCCAUCAAGUAUGCAAGAGGUGAAUCUACGUACUUCUAUCCUUCACAGGAUCAAGGUUUGAGCGAAAUUAAGGGUACUGGCGAGAAAUUGAAGCAUGAAUUAGAUGAAAGUGAAACUGGUGGCGUUAUUCAACCCGCCACAUCUGCCGAUUUGAAAAAAGCUGGUAUCCUGUCUGAUGACGAUGCCGAAAUCGAAAAGGACUCCGACAUGGAGAAAAAGCGCCAAUCUUCUAAUAUCAGCAAAGCUAAUACUAAUCUUGAAGAACCAAACUUUGUUCCAGAGGACGAGGAGUUCCACAAAUUCGGUUACAAAGACGUCGAGGAUUUGGACACCAAUAAGCAUCCUAAGCACACAGUGGAUGCCAACGGUGCCGUGGUUGUUAACGCCGACGCCGGAAACGUGUUUUCGGACGCUCAGGCUGUUACUAAGGAUCCCAAGGCCUUCCCACCCAACAAAGCUUCUACUUGGAGUUUGAAGGAAAGAGUUAUCUACUACUUCAAGCCACACAAGAGCUACGAGUUCUCUGCGGUGCGCAGAAGCCUACCGUACGUGUUCAACACGUCUGUGCAGUAUGAUAAGGACUUUUUGGAGACCGCCUACACGGAUCCAUCGGUGACAGACCCUGCUCCAAAGCUGUGGAUUGCCCGCGACUCGCUAGGACUUUCGACCCAGCAAGUCGCGCUCGCAAGGACUAACGGUGUGGAGGUGAGUGACGAGUUCACCGGCUUCGACGAGAAAAACCGGAUCACAUAUUCGUUCCAUCCUCCCGACUUCGAGCCUGUUGCUCAACAAUAA